GCUGUCUGUGAACAGCCCAGGAGUGGGGGUGCUCACAGCAGAGCAGGGUAAGGUUGGCUCCCAGAGUCAAGGACUGGAGUGACCUACCAGAUCACCAGUCCACACAACACCAGAGGGGAACGUCACACAGUCACUGCAUUUUUAAAACUAGCAUUUGAAAACUCUACUUCCUGUUUACUGGUGAUACUUCUGCAGAUUCAUUUUUCAGGCUAUUUCAGCUAUAUGGACUAUGCUUUUGAAAACAAGGAAGCUGUGCAAAAUCUAGAUUUACCAAGCAUCAGAAUCUUGCAAUCAUUUUUUUUUUUACUUUAUGAAAUCAUUUUGGAUCAUUAUUUGCUUUUCAGUAUACAGUAUCUUAAUUUUUAAUCUUCAUUAACAGAAACAGUUACUGUAUUGUUUCUUCAGAAAAGAGCCUGAAGUAGAUGGACAAUAUGUAUAACAAAUGUGCUGCAGAUCGAAACAUGACUUCAUCCACAUCGGACUUGGGUUCAAAAUUUUCAUUGGUUACAAUGGUAUUUCUGGGAAUUCUUAUGGGUUUGAUAGCUCUUAUUACAGUGCUUGGAAAUGGCUUGGUCAUCCUGGCUUUUUUGGUGAACAAAGAUCUUCGGCAUCGGAGUAAUUAUUUAUUUCUUAAUCUUGCUAUUUCAGACUUUUUAGUGGGUGCAUUCUGUAUCCCCCUGUAUAUCCCUUACAUCCUGAAAGACAAGUGGAUGUUUGGAAGACCUCUCUGCAAACUCUGGCUAGUUGUAGACUAUCUUAUGUGCACAGCUUCAGCCUUUAGCAUCGUCCUUAUCAGCUAUGAUCGGUUCCUGUCAGUUACUAAAGCUGUGACAUAUAGGAUUCAACAGGGAAUGAUGUCAAAGACUAUUGUUAAGAUGGUGGCAGUCUGGGUCUUUGCAUUCUUAAUCUAUGGCCCUGCAAUCCUCAUUUGGGAACAUGUGGUCGGCAACAGCAUCAUACCCGAUGGAGAAUGCGACGUUGAAUUCUACUACAACUGGUACUUUCUCCUGUGUGCCUCAACCUUUGAGUUCUUCACACCUUGUAUCUCUGUGGCCUAUUUCAACAUGCGCAUCUACUGGGAUAUACAAAAACGCAAGAGAAACAGGCUCCUGAGCACAGUCAGCAUCAGCAAACAGGUGUCUGUACCUCCAACAGGAAAGAAUGUCUUGAUGGCUGACCAUUGCUCUUUGAAGGAAGAAGCUUCUUUUCCUGAUUCAGAAACAGAGGACAGUCUUUCUACUACUUCCAAGACACAGGUGCAGUCACAGGUGACUGACAGUUCACAUCGGUCCAGAGGCUAUUCCAUAACCCCUGACAAUGAUCAGUCAGUAGCCCUCAGAGUGAAUACCAGGUCAAAAUUGAACAGGGACAAAAAAAUUGCUAAGUCACUUGCCAUAAUUGUCUGUGUCUUUGCCAUUUGCUGGGCACCAUAUUCAUUACUUAUGAUAAUUCGCGGAGCCUGCUGUGGAGAGUGUGUCAACGAAAUCUUGUAUAAUAUAACAUUUUGGCUUUUGUGGCUUAAUUCCUCUGUAAAUCCUUUCCUCUACCCUCUCUGCCAUGUUAGGUUUCGGAAGGCUUUCAUGAAAAUAUUGUGCCCAAAAAGGUUUGUGAUAUAGCCACCAGCCCUGUCAGUCUCUUCUUAGACAGCCAACUAAAAGACUUACAACAGAAGCUCCUCCACCUUAUUUUAGUUUAGCUUGUUCUGAUCUCAUUUUCAAUAAUAUAGUAGAUAUGUUUGUUUCAUAGAUGGCAUUAGUCAAGGAUGCAAUAUGUAAAUUUGCCAAUAGUUUGAUAAUUUUCAGUGCAUUAGUUUCCUUUUCUCUUGAUAGUAUCAUGUUAAAUUCAACAGCAACUUUUGCCUCAUUGUGCACUAUUCCUUUAAUUUAUGAAUUUUAUUCACAGAGCAGGAUCCCUUUCUUUUAUUAAUACCGUUUAUUUAAAAUUGAGACAACACAAGGCAUAUAUUUUCAAAGGCCGCUACAGAAGUGUCCCUGGGAAAGAGACUGUGGAAGCAAAAUUAAAGCAAGGCAAAUGUUUUAGUCAGGUUUAAGGAUAGAGUGAAGUAUAACCCUAACCCUAAUAACGCAAGAGUUGUAAGAGAUGCUGCUUCACGCCUCACUUGUCGCCUGGCUUUAGUUGAUAAGAAUGGAAUGCUGAUUUAAGGAGAAACCUUGAGACAAGGUAGUGUCUGGAGGGAGUUUGUAUAAACAAAGGAUAACCAUUAGCCGAUUGAUGUAUGCAAGGGGAAGGUAUAAAUGCUUGUCUUAUGCUGCUUGUAGAGUGAAGAUCUGCCUAAGGUCAGGGGGGCCCCCUCUCCGACCUCAGGCUUCCAUUGCAAUUGCUCGCAAUAAACUGUUUCUGACUUGUUGCUAACAAAUGCAGAGUGAGGACUGGCUUUCUUCCACUAUUUGGUGCCAUGACUUGGAUACAGCGGCAAUCACUACGGACCGUUCCUCUUUGAACCCCAGGCACCAGACAAGAGGACUUCCCUGAAGAGAGGACACAUCUGAAGAGCCUGGUUUAAAGGCAGCUAGCUGGAAUAUGCUCACUGAGCAAAGUAGGACAAGGAGCAUGCAGACUCAGCAGGGCACUCUUGUGUGCUACAUCACCAGGGUGCAAUCCUUUGGUGCUCACCACAUCCUCAAAUGGUCACUGAUGAGAUGCACGGAUAAUGGGUUACAAAGACAGACAUUAAUAAGUUUGCAGAUUUAGAAACAAGUUGUAUCCUGUGCUGGAAUUGCCAAGUUACACCACAGUUACUCUCCGAGACAACAGUGACGAAGACUUUGAGGGACCCUCUAGGACUCCUUUGUCUGUUGAGACUGGAAACAUUGUGAAAAUGCUGGCAGAUUCUACCAAUUUUUCACCACUACUUAAACCCAGAUGUGGAGCCAGGGGCAGUACUAGGCCAUGCUCGUCUACAAAAGAAGACCACAUCCCCUUACAGCUCACACUUCGUCGGAAAGGAGCACAAGUCUCAGAUCAGGAGGAGCGUUCAAGCCCCCUGAAGGGAGAGGAAUGUCUUCCCCGGGACAUAGAUUGUGACAGCAGUGUCCCAGAUACUAGGGCUACUAGCUUCUUGGCAUCUGUUGCCAAUGAGUGGGUUCCAAGGGGGCUUGCAUUGGAGUAUUUACUGACUCCAUUAAAUACUCUAAAGAAAUAUUCCUCUCAGAAUUUCAACCAGCAGGUAGAAAACUAUUUUAAGAGGGUAUAAGAGUCCUGAGAGACUCAAUGAAACCAAACCUGUUAGAAAUGCAAACUCCAGUUUGCAUGUUUACAACUUGUAACAAAACAGACUUCUGUUUAUAGUAGAGCAAGAAUGGUUCAGAUAACUUCAAGCCAGUAAAUACCAAGUAUAAAACUUACUCUUGGACUGGCAAGCAGUUCUAGGAACAGGAAACAAUAGGCUUGCUGCAUUCUUGAGAGGUUGAACAUUCGUAGUACUGAUAUUGCAUUAAAAAUUGGAGAAAGGGUGUUUCAGUCCAAUUUGGGGUGACUAUAAUCCCUUUUGAAAGCCUAGAGAUGUACUAAGAUAGGACUCCUACAGAAAAAUAUGAGAAAAUGUGUCAUAGAAGCCAGUGGUUUCUAAUACCCACUACUUGUUAGAUCAGCUAAACUCAAAACCUGUUUACAUAUCAGUAAUUCUCUUUGCUGGCUGCUGAUUUUGGUUUUUGGAUCCAGGUUUCUAAGUUCUAUUCCCAGUGUUACAGAUAUUUGGCUAGCUCACAAUGAUGUCUUUAUAUAUGCAGCCACAGAUUGUUAUGUGCACAACAUGAGACAGCUAGAGCACCUUGUCUACUUAAUCCCUUCAACAGUAUUAAAAAAGCUCCCAGUCACCGGUAAAAACUGCAGUGCAAUUGAGAGUGUUCACGUUGCCUUUUUUUCAGAAUACUUUUUUCAAUUAUCUCAUCCUGUUUUUGCGACACUGUGUGUGGUUGAAUGCAAAUCAAAAUGUGAAUGCCUCAGACUGGAACAUUUCCUUUACUUAGCCACUGGCAAACCAGUUUUUUAAAAAAAGGAUUAUGAUUCCUGGAUUUUGGAUUCAGAUAUAGCCCAGCCUGAUCAUGUGAACACAAUUUCUGAAAAUAAAUUCCUAGAGAGCGGGAUCUUCAGGAGACAGAUUAAUCAUCUUUUCUAUGCCUCUUGGUAUUUGGAAAUGCCUCUUGUUGGCAUGAUGUCAGGCACUCUCUAGCCUAUUUUGGCUAUGUCCUCUUAGUGAAGCUAAAUAAAUGAGCUAUUACCAGUGGAACAGAUUUUCAGUUUCCAAGAUAAUAUUGGAGACAUUUAAAAGAAACAAGGUGGAGUUUGGAAAUAAAAAGGGAAAAAAACCCUUAGUCUUUUGAAGUAAAGUUUUGCUUAGUGCUGGAUUUCUCUCUGACCCUACAGCUAGAGAAUUGUGUGUAUUCCUAUACAGUUAUUAUUGACUAUCUGAUUUGAGUAGCACCUGUUGUAAACCUCCAUUUGUGUAAUGAUUUCACAUGUUUGUGUUACAUUAUUUGACAAGUUACAUAAAAAGUUAACAAU